CCUCACCCCGCCAUCCUCCGGCUCUGCCGCCGAGCGCCGGGGCCGAGGAGGCGGCCGGCCGUGCCCAUGGCGGCCCCGCUGCCCGCCCUGCGCCUGCUGCUCUUGUUGGGGACGUGGGCCGUCCCCGUCCCCGGAGGAGCCGCCUUCAUCCCGGCAGAUCUCAGCCUGCAGCUCCGCGGCGGCGGCUGCCGCUGCGCCGGGAUGCUGGAGGUGAAGUGGAAAGGCCGAUGGAACCGCGUGUGCCGGGAUAACCCGAGCGAAACCUUCAGGCGCGACAUCUGCCAGCGGCUGGGCUGCGGCCCCCCCAUGGCCGAGCCCCUCCAGCUCGUCUUGACCGGCGGGAAGGAGCCACGCAACUCGACGCUGCGGUGCCGGUGGCCGGUGGCCACCGUGACGGCGUGUCAGUGGGUGCCGGCAAACUGCACGGAGCACGCCGUCCUCGCCUGCAGCGAGCCCACACCGGCGCCCCCCAGAACCACCCCGGAGCCCACCGGACCCGCCAGGCUGCAGCUGGUGGAUGGAGAUUCCAACUGCUUGGGUUUCCUGGAGCUGCACAGGGAAGGGCUGUGGGGGGCCGUGGCGGCCAACCCGGGGGUGUCCCCGGAGCUGGCCACCCGCCUCUGCCAGGCUCUGCGCUGCGGCACCGCCGUCGACGGCCGCGGCCAGGCCGAGCCGGAGCCCAAAAGCCACUUGCCGGUGCGGUGGGAAGCGACGGAACCCUGCGAGAACCGGCCCCUCUUCGACUGCUUCAACAGGACCCGCGCCCGGCGGGGGGGGACGCCCGCCUUCAUCAUCUGCUCCGGCCCCGAGCCCCGGGCCCUGCGGAGGCUGGCGGCCGGUCCCACGCCGUGCGAAGGGGACAUCGAGGUCUUUCACGAGGGACAAUGGUGGGUGCUGUGUGACAACCGGGCGCAGCGAACCCAAUGGGGCCGGCAGCUGUGCCAGGAGCUGCGGUGUGGCAACCUCUCCUCCAGCGCCGAGGUCCAGGACCCCCCCGUCAUGGGUGUCACCUGCGGGGUCCCCACCCUGCACCUCUGCCCCACCAGGCUGGGGGGUCCCCAGACCUGUUCCCGGACCAGAAUCGUGUGCCAGGACUCCAAGCCGCGUCCCGUCGGCACGUCGGCAGGCACCGUCGCGAGCAUCUGCCUGGCUCUCCUCCUCUUCGGCGUCCUCUUGCUCAUCUGCGGCCCUCCUGCCUACAGGAGGCUGAUGAAGAGAAUCUCCAAAAAGAAGCAGCGCCAGUGGAUCGGGCCCACGGGACUCAACCAGACGGUCUCCUUCCACCGCAACAGCACCGUCGCCCCCAGGCCGCGGGCGGAGGGGCAGCGGGCGCAGGGGGGGGACAACGACUACGUUCAGCCCCCCCAGAAGAGCUCCCACCUCUCGGCUUACCCAGCCCUGGAAGGUGCGUGCAGAGCGUCCAACCCUCCGGACAACUCCUCCGACAGCGACUACGACCUUCAUUCCACCCGCAGAGUGUGACACCCCCCCC